AUGUUCCUGACCGCGCGUCACAUAUAUUUGGUCGUCUUCGAAUCCGACCAAGCUUGUCUUGAAGCCGCUGCAAAGGGUCCAUUCCCUUACCACGGCAAGGAGAUGGUCACCGAGCUCCCCAGCGUCUCCCCCGUCCUGUCGACCGAGUCAACACCGCGCCUUUGCAAGCGCCGGCUCUCGCACGAGCAGCCCAAGGAGCGGUGCGAAACGACGCGACCCCGGCCUCCAACGUGAUCCGAGGCAUUAUGGAUGGUCUUGGAUCGCCUAGAAGUCUUGUGCAGACCGCGCUGCGUAAGCACUUUGGGCUGGCCGAGAGGCCCGAGACGCCGUUCAUGCUCGCGCUCAGUGGACCGCGCUAG